AAUAUAUACAUUAAAACAACAAGAAAUAUGAGAGUAAAAUCCACUCAGCCUUAAGAUAUCAAUCAUGGCCGCAACUUCCUCUCACAUGGCUUGCACUAAAUUCUCCAUGCUGGGUUGGGGUAGGGGAAAAAGAGAUUUGAGAAAGACAAGGGUUGUUUCAGUUUCAGCUCAACAGCAAGCUCAAGUAGGAGAAGAAGCACAGGAAGCACAAGUCCAAGAAGAGCAAGAGAAGGUGAAGCAACAAAGUACACAACCGAGGCCAGUGGAACCGCAAUUGAAUGUAAAGAGCAAAAACAUGAGCAAAGAAUAUGGAGGGCAGUGGCUCAGCAGUGUCACGCGGCACGUCAGAAUCUAUGCCGCCUACAUUGAUCCACAGACCUCCGAGUUCGAUCAAACGCAGAUGGAUAAACUCUCCCUUAUACUUGACCCUACUGAUGAGUUCGUGUGGACUCCCGAAACUUGCAACAAAGUUUAUUCUUACUUCCAAGAGCUUGUGGAUCACUACGAGGGUGCACCAUUGACAGAGUACACUCUUCGUCUGAUUGGUUCAGACAUAGAACACUACAUCAGGAAGCUACUAUAUGAUGGAGAAAUUAGGUACAACAUGAAUGCCAAGGUACUGAACUUCAGCAUGGGGAAGCCACGCAUUCUAUUCAACAACAACGAUGGCCAUUUUCAAGAUGCAGAAUGAACAAGAUUUUCACAAAAAUGGCUAAAAUGGGAUAACACCGCGGUGAAUAUAGAAGGUAUUAGUUUACAAGGCAUCACAAUGUUGCAUCAAGUACAAAAAUCUUUGGCCACAGAAACUUAGAUCUUCGACACAGAGACCUGAUGCAUACAUUCCUUAAUUGCCAAAAUAUUCACACGUGAGGUCUUAUACAUUUGUGCCCAAUUUGCUACAGCUGCAUCUCUCAACAUUUGCUUUAUAACACUGAGAUAUUGUAAUCUCAAUUCAGAGAAAAUCUCCGGUCAUCCAAAGCAUUCAAAUAUAAAGAGUCCAACCAAGGCUGAAAUGAA